AUGGCUAUAGUCAAUGCUUUUAUACUUUUUAAAGAACUAACUAAAGAAAAGCUUUCUAUGAAAGACUUUCGGAGGCGAAUAGUUGAUGGUUUAUUAGCUCCAAAUCAACUACAACCACAAAAAAUAAAUAAAAGUUCCUGUCGUAUUUCCAAACAUAAACCACAUAUUUCUCCUGAAGUUCGAUUUCAAAGUUCUAAUGACAGUAUUGCACAAAAAAAGAAUUUUAGAAUAGAAUGGCUUAAACAAUAUCGAUGGUUAGUUUAUUCUAGACAUUUAAAAGGCGGCUUAUGCAAACAUUGUGUUGUUUUUCGUCCUGUCGUUAAAAGAGGAUUAUUAGGAGCGCUCAUUGUAAGUGAAUUUACCAAGUAUAAAGAUUUUCAUUUUCACGCAAAAAAACAUAUGCAAUCUGAAUGGCAUAGGGAUUCGGUUUCUCAAUCAACAGAAUUUUUAAAAAUUAUGGCCAACAAAAAAAAAAGUGUUAUAGAUCAAUUAAAUAUUGCUCAACACUCACAAAUUGAACAAAAUAGAAAAAAAGCUACAAUUAGAGGCAAAUUGAGCUGUAGUGGAAAUUUUCAUGAUCUUUUAAAGUUUCGUGUUAGUUUUUCACUGUUAGCCGACGAAACUUUCGAUAUUGCUGGCAUUGAACAACUUUCGAUUGGUGUUCGUUAUGUUGAUAGUUCAAAAACUAUAAGAGAAGAAUUUAUAGGAUUUAGUGCACUACAAACAUUAGAUGAAGUUGGUAUAGCUACUUCUAUUUUGACUUCUGUUGAAAAAUACGGUUUGGAUAUGAAUAAACUUGUUGGCUUGGGUUUUGACGGGUGUUCAGAAAUGGCUGGAAAAGAAAAUGGAGUUCAGAAAAUAAUUUGUGAUAAAUAUUCUAAAGCAAAAUUUUUCCACUGUGCUUCGCAUAGACUCAAUCUCGUUGUAAAUGAUUUGAAUGCAGUGACAGAAAUACAAAAUACUGUAGGAGUAAUUAAAGAGGUUAUUAUUUUUUUUCGUGAAAGUGUACUUCGUCGAAAAUUGGUUACAAAUAUACCACUUUUGUGUGAUACUCGUUGGUCUGCGAAAUAA